AUGGCGUCUUCGUUAUCAGAAAAACUCGAAUCUACAACUUUAAGUGAUGCCGAUUGGCGAGCUCAGCUAACGGCACCUGUCAAGGAUCUUCGUCCUCAAACUGAAGAUGUGACAGCGACGAAGGGACUUGACUUUGAAGAACUUUACAUCAAGCGAGAACUCCUCAUGGGCAUAUUCGAAGCAGGCUUUGAGAAACCCUCUCCAAUCCAGGAAGAAACCAUACCGGUCGCAUUGACGGGACGGGAUAUUCUCGCCCGCGCUAAAAAUGGUACAGGGAAAACGGCGGCGUUCGUUAUUCCAGCCCUGGAAAGGGUAAACUCAAAGAGUCCUAAGACACAAGCCCUCAUCUUAGUGCCAACCCGGGAGCUUGCUCUACAAACAUCGCAAGUCUGCAAGACUUUGGGUAAACAUCUCGGAAUCAACGUGAUGGUUACGACAGGUGGAACAGUGUUGAAGGAUGACAUCAUACGUUUAAACGAGGCUGUUCACGUCCUCGUCGGUACCCCUGGAAGAAUUUUAGAUUUGGCUGGGAAAGGCGUUGCAGACUUCAGCGAAUGCCCAACCUUCAUCAUGGAUGAGGCGGACAAACUACUCAGCCCUGAGUUCACCCCCAUAAUCGAACAGCUCUUGGCAUAUUUCCCAAGCGAUCGCCAAAUAAUGCUCUUCUCCGCUACUUUCCCCUUGGUCGUCAAAAGUUUCAUGGACAAACACCUGAAACAACCCUACGAGAUCAAUCUCAUGGAUGAGUUGACUCUUCGCGGAGUUACUCAAUACUAUGCAUUUGUCGAGGAGAAGCAAAAGGUCCACUGCCUGAACACCUUGUUUUCGAAGCUCCAAAUCAAUCAAUCAAUAAUAUUCUGUAAUUCUACAAACCGAGUCGAGCUGCUCGCCAAGAAGAUCACAGAGCUCGGGUACUCCUGCUUCUAUAGCCAUGCGAAAAUGCUCCAAAACCACAGGAACCGCGUAUUUCACGAUUUUCGAAACGGGGUCUGUCGCAAUCUAGUCUGUUCAGAUCUCCUAACCCGAGGCAUCGAUAUCCAAGCUGUCAAUGUUGUUAUCAACUUUGAUUUCCCGAAGAAUGCGGAAACAUACCUCCAUCGAAUUGGUCGUUCGGGCCGCUUCGGUCACCUCGGUCUUGCCAUAAACCUCAUCAAUUGGGACGACAGAUUUAAUCUCUACAAGAUAGAACAGGAACUCGGGACCGAAAUCCAGCCUAUACCAGCUCAGAUAGACAAAAAAUUGUAUGUCUAUGAUUCACCAGAGAGUAUCCCUCGUCCACCAGCAGCCCAAAGCUCAAUACGUUCAGCGCCAUCACCCGCUACUACUAAUCCGAUCUCUCAAAACACAAACCGUCCAGAUGCACGUAGUGGCCCCCACCCCGCGCAGCCUCAAGCCGUAAGACACAACAAGACACGAGGAAACCAUUCUACGGGGCAAAGCUUCCGGGGGGGUAGAGGGUCACAGAGGGGCUAUGGCCACCAUCAAAGCUAUGGACGCCGUAAUGACAAUGGGCAUGGGACAGAAAGCAUCCUCCCAAGCUCCCAUAACGCCUAA